UUCGCUUUGAUACUUUCUUACUAUUUUCCUAUUCAAUAUUGUUUAUUUGAUUUGGUCUUAUUUAUACACUCGCCGGGGAAGGUUGUUUCAAAUUCAGGGAAAAUGGAAAUAGCAUUCAACUCAACAACGGCAAGAGUUCCUUCCUUGCCGCUAACUAAAUCCGACGCUCGCGAUCGGAAUCCGUGCUCACUGUCCAUCGUUCUGCGUAACGAAUUCGUGCAGCUUUCAUCUUCUCCAACACGCUUUCGCACUAACAAGAAUUCUCUCUUCAAGGUUUUAUCUGCUGAAAAGAAUCACGUUCAAGUUGUAGAAGGAAGUAGUGUUGAUGAGAUCUAUGAUGCAUUGGUUAAUCGAAUUCUGCCUCUGCCGUCAGUGUCGUUAAAUCCUAAUUAUAAAAGAUUUCUUGGUUUGUCACUACUUAAACUCAUGUUUUUUGUUGGCCUGGCUGGUCCUCCUGGUGCUGGGAAAAGCACAAUAGCGCAUGAAGUAGCUAGACGCAUAAACAAGCUUUGGCCAGAGAAAGCUUCUUCCUUUGACUCCCAAGUUCAACCUCCUAAUGUCGCUGCUGUGAUUCCCAUGGAUGGUUUUCAUCUUUAUCGUUCUGAACUAGAUGCAAUGAAAAAUCCCGAGGAAGCGCAUGCCAGAAGGGGAGCUCCAUGGACAUUCAAUCCUACGCGCCUUCUUACGUGUCUCAAGAAUCUAAGAGUUCAGGGAUCAGUUUAUGUACCAUCGUUUGAUCAUGGUGUUGGGGAUCCAGUGGAAGAUGAUAUCUUUGUGAACCUUCAGCAUAAAAUCAUUAUUAUUGAAGGAAACUAUUUGCUCCUGGAAGAUGGGGUAUGGAAGGAGAUUUCAUCUUUGUUUGAUGAGAAAUGGUUUAUUGAUAUUGACAUUGACAAAGCAAUGCAUCGAGUUUUAAAGAGGCAUAUCUCUACUGGCAAGCCUCGAGACAUUGCGAAGCAGAGGGUAGAGAACAACGACAGACUCAAUGCAGAACUUAUAAUGAAGUCUAAGAAAAAUGCUGAUAUAAUAAUUAAGUCAGUUGAUUUUUGAGGAAUCUGUUUGUACUAAGUCAUGCAUUAAUGAAGUCCAAUAAAAAUGCUGAUAUAAUAAUUCAGUCAGCUGAUUUUUGAGGAAUCUGUUUGUACUAAGUCAUGCAGAACUUAUAAUGAAGUCUAAGAAAAAUGCUUAUAUAAUAAUUAAGUCAGUUGAUUUUUGAGGAAUCUGUUUGUACUAAGUCAUGCAGAACUUAUAAUGAAGUCUAAGAAAAAUGCUGAUAUAAUAAAUAAGUCGGUUGAUUUUUGA